CCCAAGGCAGCACGUUUGACUAUGCUUGUACGGCUCCGGUGUCCAUUUCUACCUUCCCACGACAGUCUCAGAUUCGAGGAAUAAUUCCCACCUCUCCAAGAAUCUUCUUGUUUCCACAGCACUCUUCCUUACCCCCACACCGCUGCGGCGCUGGCUAUAUAACCUCUCUCUAUCUUGCCCCUGCACAGUAAUUUUCUAUUUUUCUCGGGAAAAAAACUCACUUUCCUGAUAAAUCUUUCCCAGUCCAACAAAGAAAUGGCGAAUCCUACUAUCGACGAAACCGGUGGUAGUUCAAUUUCGUUCAACGAUAUCCCUGAGGAUGUCCAGCUCUGCAUUCUCUCGUUCCUGACUCCCCCCGAGAUCGCUACCUUCGCCUGCACCUCGAAGCGGUUCGUCUUACUCUGUCGAAACGACGCCAAGCUCUGGUUUACCAUGUGCGACCGGAGGUGGGGCUCCGAGACCCAAAUCGAGAGAUGGGGCAACGGGAAGAUCGCCUACAGGCUUCUCUACAAGACCCUUGACGAAUGGGAGAACCUCAUCGGUUUCUGGCGCCGGAGUGGUCCAGGCACCAUUGGCAUCUCGUCGCCGCCGUUGAUUUUCUUCGAGUGGGGCCCGUCGUUCCUCACUGGUUCAAGGGUUUCCCCUUCGAAAAACGGCACCUAUCAAGUCAUAAAGUCGCCGUUUUUGUGGAUGAGCCUCUCGCCCGAGGGCCAGAUACUGAAUUUUAUCGAUCCCGAUGGUCGGGCCGACUUAUCGGACAAUUUCGUGAACGAAUUGGAUUUCUUAGCUAACGAUUUGGUCCCGGUCAACGUUAGUUUCAUGGGGAAGACCCAUUUUGUUGUAGACGAAGAUCUGAGCUUUGCGCAUUCGAACUCUCAGGAGCAUAGAAAAAACGGGUUUAGGAGAAGUUCGAGCUCGACGAACCUGGUCGGGGAUGAGGAUAUUGAGGAUUUGAUUGGAGCGGAGAGUGGGUCCCCCGGGAGCUUACCAGACCGGUUGAUGUCGGAGAUUUAUCAGUAUUUCGCGAACCGGACUAGUCCCGGUAGUGGGGAUAAGAGGAGGCAGAGGAAGAGGGACAACAAGGAAAGGCAGGGGAGGAGGAGGAAAUGGGACCCUGAGCAUUUCGUCAAGAUUGUUAAUUGCUCGCCCACGCCGUCACGGCCUUUGCAGGGCCUGUGGAAGGGAAUUUGUGAUGACAUGACCUUGGAUUUCUAUCUUGUGGUAUAUGAUGACAUUGGGGGCAUUGCUUGCCGAAGGGUAGGAGACUCGUAUGAACGAUUCUCGAGUUAUUCUCCUGUAUUUUGGACAUCAAAUGCUACAUUUAUUGAGUCUCCAUUUUCCCCAGUGGAAGUAGAUUUGUAUGAUACUCGCAUACAUGUUCGACCAUCUGCAGCAGCAAAUUACAUUGACGAGGAAUUUGCUCCAGCUGAAAAUGAGAUGGUGUCUCACAUUCUUUAUAUCAACUCAAGUUAUGAUUUAGUUAUACCAGACUUGGUGGGAAGUACUACAAAUCAUCGGCAUGUGGAGGGAAGGAUUUGGCAUUACAAUAAUGGUACAUUUGGGUUUGGCUUUCUCCGGGACAAUUUUAUUAUAGACAUGAAAUGCAUUGCCCAAAAUGGUUGUAUUCUUGAUACAAUGGAGCUUUGUAUUGAUUAGCUUUCUAGUUUGGUAUCAUUCUUGUACAGAUCGGUUUUGUGGCUGAUGACAUUUGUGCACUGUCUACCAUAUUUGUUCUGGAAAGAUUAGGAUCAAUUCCUUUGAUAAUGCAUAAUUUAUCUUGAUUCCUCUCUUUCCAUGUGUUUGUAGUGCAAGUUUUAAGGGUUGUGAGACUGCUGGUUUGAGACUGCUGGAAAGUCGAUGGAAGUAAUAAUGCAAUAGAACGUGAGGGGCUAGUAUGUAGUAUCAAUCUUGGCACCUGGGUGUAUUGAUUUCUGAUCCUUCUCAAGUUUUAACACACUAUUAACUAAACCUUGUUGCACUCUGAUCUUGGAAAUUUAUAAGAGCACUCUGUAUCGGAGAAAUAACGGAUGUUUCGAAACAGAAUUUACAUGCAUCACUGAAAAUGACCAAGAAGAGAAAUAACAAAGUAAGAAGAAAAUCCAGAAAGCAGAGAGUAAAAAAGCUCGGGAUCAUCAACAAGUAUUCAGAAUCCAUCACAACACGAGUUCAUAACAGAACACCAAUACUUGUCACUCUAAUACGUACUGAGAAUCGAAUAGGUCUUGGCAUCCAGCACCUUGCAACAAACCCGGGAAACAACAAUUGAAGAGACACGCACUCCACAACAAACAUAAAGAAUCCCAUCUGUACUCUAAGCAUAAAACCUAAAAUUGGUGCACCAAUAGGGAUGGCGGUAGCAAGGAGGGCAGGUAAAAAAUAUGGAAGGAAAGCACAG